AUGGCUUCCAAGAGUAAUGCUCUUGCUGCUCUCUUUCUUAUCUUCAACCUCAUCUUCUUUGUCUCAGCCAGUGCCAAUACACCUUAUGGCACUUGUCCUUAUGAUUCACUGAAGCUCAAAGUCUGUGUCGACGUGCUCGAUGGCUUGGCAAAGGUGGUUCUUGGCCAGUCUCAGAUGCAGCCAUGCUGCGAUCUCUUGCCUGGUGUUCUUGAUGCCAAUGUUGCAGCUUGUCUCUGCACUGCCAUUCAGUCCACUCUACUUGGUACCAUUCCGGUGAACCUUAACCUUCUGGUUAACCAGUGCCGCUGGUCUCUUCCGAAUAACUUCCAUUGCGCUUGA